AUGUUUAUGCAUUUUCUGGCAUUACAAAUUGCCAUUUCAUAUAUCUUGCGUAUCUCGAGUUUUAGAUACACUAACUUUCAUUAUAAAUUGAUAAAUAAGUAUAGUUAUUUGUUUACACCAACAAAUCUAUUUAGAAAUGGAAAACUGUUUGCCAAUGAGAAUGAAAAAAUAUCCAAUGUCGGUCAUAAGGAAAAGAAACUAUAUCUUCUCUCUCCGCGUGGCUUCUGCGAGGGCGUAAACAGGGCCAUAAACAUUGUCAAUGAAUGCCUAAGGAUUCUGCCCCCCCCAAUCUAUGUCAAGCAUGAAAUAGUACAUAACGAAAUUGUAUGCAAUGCACUCAGGGCAAAGGGCGCAAUUUUUGUAGAUCAUUUGGAACAGGUUCCGGAAGGAGCCGUGUUGAUCUUCUCAGCCCAUGGCGUAUCUCCUGCAAUUAGGCAACAAGCUAACUCCCUUAAAUUAGUUACAAUUGACGCAUCUUGUCCAUUGGUGAAUAAAGUACAUGUUUAUGUAAAAUUGAAGGCUAGCGAGGGGUAUAAAAUUGUACUGAUUGGACAUAAGAACCACGUAGAAACUAUUGGCACUUAUGGCGAAGCUCCAGAAGCUACUACUGUGGUUGAAACGGUAGGGGAUGUGCAAAAUUUGAAUUACACUGAAAGUGACAAAUUAUUUUAUGUAACCCAGACGACGCUCAGUCUGGACGAUUGUAAGGAUAUUUGUAAUGCGUUAAAGAAGAGAUAUCCAUACAUAGAGACCAUUCCCAGUGGUUCCAUUUGCUAUGCUACUACAAAUAGACAGACUGCAGUGCAGCAAAUUUCCCCCCUGGUGGACCUUGUAAUUGUGGUAGGCAGUCAAAUGUCAUCCAAUGCAAACAGGCUAAUAGACACAUGCACCAGGCGUAAUGUUAGGGGUGUCUUGAUUAAUUCAAUCGAGCAGCUCAAGGAAAUAAACAUGAGUAACUGCUUGAAUAUUGCAGUGACAUCAUCAGCCUCAACCCCGGAUGCAAUCACUCAAUCGGUAGUUGAUAUAUUAACCGCCGAACCACAUAAUUACAAAUUAGAAUUAUACAAUGCAGUUGAGGAACGAAUUCCCAAGUGGAAAUUUCCUAAGAAUUUGCAGGAUAUGAUCAAAAACUCGCAAAUACAAUCCUUAUAA